AUGGCGGGGAAGAUGCGUAUUCUCGCGCAUUUGCUUGUUUUCCAACUUGUCGCGGCGCUUGCAUGCAGCGGCGCUUUCCACAGAGAGAUUUCUGGGGUGGCUGCAGCCCCCCAUUCUGUUGCUGGCUCGGAGCAGACGCAGGUCGCCUCUAGCGGGCUUCCGGCUUCUGGAUUCGAAAAAGGCUCUGCCGGGAGAGGGAAAGAGCUGCCGGCGUCGACGUCCGGCACGUCUUCCGGUGGAAACCCUGAACUGGACGCAGCGGAGAGAGGCAUCAUCAACGGGGUGCUGGACCUCACGGCGAAACUGGCGACGCAUCCUGAGAAGGAAGAGCUUGUUGCUUCUCUUCAGGCCGCCGCCGAAGGCCUGGAAUCCACUGUGUCUCGUCUCCAGGCUGCCAGGGAGGCCUACCUGUUAGACUACUCGAGUGUCAUGGAAGUUCUUCAAAAGUAUUCACGGGCUCGGGACCUUCUCGAAGCUGGAGUGGGGUGUGACGGCUCUUCGGAAGAAGAACUGGCCGAGCGUUUGCAGGCGGCAAGAGACGCAUACAACACACUGUUGAUGCUGCUGACUGCCUCGGCGAGGCGAGCAGAGAGUGUCGACGCCUUGACGGAAGCCCUGUGGUCGAGCCAGAGCACCGCGUUCGCGAUGUUGCUGAAGCUCGCAAAGGCGAAGGUGGCGGAGAGCCAAUCUGGACUGGACGGGGAGGAGGCAUCUUCAGAUGACCUCGCCGCGAUCCGUGCCGCCGUGCACAACAUGCAAGACCUGGCUGCAGCUGCCGAGCAUGCGACUCGGGUCACAGUCGCAGCGAGGACAAGACAAACUGAAGAACUGGCCUUCCUGCUGCUUCGCCGGUUUGGACAUAUGGCUGGUGCCGGGCUCUUUACAGAGAAUGUGGCGAUCGAUGGCGGGAAGGCGGACGCAGCGGAUGGUCUCGAUGCACAAGUGCACGUCGAUCCGGCGGACUGGGAGCAAUUGGAGCGGAGCGUGCGAGCCGGUAUAGAGGUGUGUGGAAGUGCUGAGCAGGUUCUGAUGAAGGAUUUGGCCACGGAAGCUCUCAAAACCGUGCAACAUGUGACCGCAGAGACUGCGAGUGCGAAUGAAGCAGCCCUUCAAGUCCGCGCAAGUGCUGCUGAAAAACAGUGGCGUUCCAGCGAUGCAGGCGUUGCGCUUGGUGUUCUUCUGUCUUUCGCGGUGGUUACGCUUAUCUGCCUGAUCGUGUAUUCUCUCGUCGUUAUCGUAUCCUUUCAGUCCAAGCUGAAUGCUGCUCGAGUGGGGGAACAGGCGGGCCAGGCGCACACCGAAGACUAA